GAGAAAGAUUUUGGGUCUGGUAUAAGUAAUUAUUUUUCAAUGGGUAUUUGUUGGCUUCGAAAUUGAAUACCAUACGAUAUCGAGUACUCAUUUUUUUCUUUUCUUAAGAGGUUGCGCCUGGGGGUGGAGUGAGGGUUGGAAGAGAUUAUAUGAGAUUUUGUUGGCAUAUAUGAUGAGUUCACUUGGUUCGAUAUAGGGUUGACUUGAAAUAGUUGUUUCUGUAGCGUUUUUUUUCUGCAAUUUGGGUGAAUGAAUAACUGUGGUUAGAUUCUGAUACUUUUGUUGAGUUUGUUUGGGAGAGAAGUUCUGUUUUUGAUGGUAAAGGAAAAGGAAUGGUGGUAAGGAUGGUUUCUUUGGACCUUCCAAUGCUGUUAGGUUCUUUUGAUUGGGAGAUAGAGUAGUAUGAAGUAGUGGUACUCUGGUCAUUUGUAUAUCAUCAAUCCAUCAAACAUUGUAAAGUCUUUGUGAGAUUUGCACGACCGUUGUUCCUGUCUUCAUUUUGUGUGAUUUCUUGAGUUGCUAGCUGAUCUAGUCAAAGUAAUAUGUAGUUGAAUAUUUUGCUCUCAUAUGGUUAAUGGGUUCAUUAGUUGUGGACAUAGUUCGAUUGCACUUGUACUUGAUUCUUGAUAUAAGAAAGUACUAUAAGCCAUAAUGUUUCUCAAUUUCCAUGUUUGAAGAGAGCGGAUUACUCCAGGAGAUUGACAAAGAUCCCAGUUCAUCAAAUCUGUGGUUCAGACAGCAUCAUGUCCUCCUCUGCUCCUGAGUUUUCCGAUAAUAGUGAAAGUGAGGUCCAGCAAAGCCAAUUGGAUGCUCAGAUUCACUCUUCACCUCCUGCAACUGGAAUUUCUCAUCCUUCUAUUUCAACGCCAAACAUCCCAUACCCAACUCAGCUUGGAGCCAAUGCUUUGGGGCAAGCAGCUUAUCCUUACCCAGAUCCUUACUACAGGAGUAUUUACACUCCAUACGAAUCACAACCAUAUCCAACUCAGCCGUAUCCAGUGCAACCUAUGGUACACCUUCAGUUGAUGGGAAUUCAGCAAGCUGGUGUUCCUCUCCCAUCAGAUACUGUCGAGGAGCCUGUUUUUGUCAAUGCUAAACAAUAUCACGGCAUCUUACGGCGCCGACAAUGUCGUGCAAAAGCUGAAUCUGAAAAUAAAGCUCACAAAUCUAGAAAGCCAUACUUGCACGAAUCACGACAUUUGCAUGCAUUAAGAAGAAGCAGAGGAUGUGGUGGUCGAUUCGAGAAAAAAGAUAAGCAUCAAAAGGAGAUGGGUUCAGAUGACAACUCUGAAUCACAGGUGAAUAUCAAUCUCAAUUCAGACAAAACCUAGCAAAUGUCCACAAGUUGUGGUUGAAACAAACAUCAUCAAGCUUAGUAGGUGGUGUAUAGUCAAGCCCAGGUGUGUGGUUUUAGCUUCCAUGUUGUCUAUAUUUGAAAGGUGAGUUUCCAUAUGGUCGAUGUGGUCAUUGAGUGCCAUGUUUGGUCUCGUUGAUUGCUUUGUUUGUGUUUUACUGAAAUCGUGUUGGAGUAGUGAGGCAUGAUUUUUGGUUUGAUUUUGUAGCUUUUUGGUGUAGUGGUUGAAGUAUGUCAUGCUAUGGCUGAAUAAGAAGUUGGUGUAGUGAAUUAUAUUUGUAUAAUCAUCAAAUGUGGCAGGCAGAGUACUCUUUUGCAUGGCUGAAUUCUGG